ACGACGUUGGUUCUGCAUUUUCAAUACUCUCAUACACAAUCACAUACGUUUCGUGAUUGGACAUACGUUACAUUCAAUUCGUUUUAUUUUUAAAUAAUGGUUUAUGUUGUUUUGGCAAAGUUUUUGUUUAUACUCAUAAUGGUACAUUAUUGUGAGUGCGACACGCAACCAAAUAUGAGUGAUAAUACGAAUCCUAUAGUCGCAGUGAAAACAGGAAAAUUAAGAGGAACAAUUGCUACUCUAAUCGAUGGAUCUACAUAUUACAGCUUUAAAGGUAUUCCAUAUGCCAAAGCACCUACUAGAGAGCGAAGGUUUCAGGCUCCACUUCCACCAAAACCUUGGGAUGGAAUACGUGACGCAAUCGAUCACGGUCCAGUUUGUCCACAAUAUGAUAACCCUGACCUCAUAGAGGGCAGCGAGGAUUGUUUAUUCGUCAAUGUUUACACCAAGAGUAUUGACCCAAAAGCUAAUAUCCCAGUUAUGGUUUACAUUCACGGUGGUAGCUACAGUUCUGGUUCGGGCAAUAACGAUACUUAUAAUCCAGAUUUUUUGAUACAACAUAAUGUAAUCUUAGUGACUAUAAACUACCGACUUGAGUUGUUAGGAUUUUUAUGUCUCGAUACUCCUGAGGUUCCAGGGAAUGCCGGAAUGAAAGAUCAAGUUUUCGCUUUACGCUGGGUAAAGGAAAACAUAGUCCAGUUUGGGGGUAAUCCAAAUAGUGUCACCAUCUUUGGUGAAAGUUCUGGUGCGAGUUCUGUUACUUACCAUAUGUUAUCUCCCAUGUCUAAAGGAUUAUUUCACAGAGUAAUCGCUCAAAGCGGUACCGCUAUACACGAUUGGACAAUAGGUAGAGAUUCCAAAGAAAGAGCAUUCAAAGCCGGGAAAGUUUUGGGAAAAAACACAAGAAACACUAAAGAAUUGUUAGACUUCUUUCGUAGCCUAAAUCCAACACAACUUACUAAUCUAACCGAAAGAACAUUAUCGUACGAUGAGAGAUAUAGAGGUCUGCUAGAAACGUUUGUUCCAGUCAUUGAAACUAAAUUUAAAGGUGUAGAAGCAUUUUUAGAUAAAAGUCCCAUUGAAAUGCUUGCAAAAGGAAAGGUGCGAUCAAAAGUACCACUAAUGAUCGGUUACAAUUCCGCAGAAGGUUUAAUAAUUGUUGACGAUCGGGUAAAUAAUAUUGAGAUUUAUAACCAAAACCCCUCCUUCUUCGUUCCAAAAGAAAUAGAAGAAAUGGUAUCUGAAGAAUCAUUAAAAGAAUUUGGAAAAAGAGCAAAAAGUUUCUAUUUUGGACUUAAUAACAUAACAAAAGAUGAACCACAAACAAUUGAAAUGAUUAAUAGCGACAUAUUCUUCAUUUAUAAUACCCAUAGGUUUGCUCAUCUCUAUACUUCCACUAAUCAACCUUUAUACAUGUACAGAUUCAAUUACGAUACAGAGCUUAACAUCAUAAAAAUAUUUUCAAAAUAUAACUUUUUAAAAGGCGCCUGUCAUGCUGAUGAUCUAUUCUACAUAUUCUAUAAUUCGUUUAAUAAAAAAGCUUACGAGCAACAAGAGAGGCUAAGAAAAAUAGUUUUUGACAUCACCUCACUAUGGGCUAAUUUCGCUAAAACUGGCAAUCCGACACCUGAUAACACUUGGCGGCCAUUUACGCCGGAGGGUAAAGAAUAUUUGAAGUUAGAAGAAAACAAAAGAAUGGGGACGUUCGCAGAAAAGGACCGGGUCAAAUUUUGGAAUCAGAUCUACAAAGAGGCCAAUCUUCCCUACAUUAUUAAUAUUGAUUAAAUUAAAAACACAUGAAAAAAUAUCGCG